AUGGCUCAAGAAAAGGAUAUGUGGUCUUCCAAGGCCUACCAGAACUCCGCAUCUUUUGUGCCCAAGCUUGCGACAAAAGUGAUUGGAUGGCUGGAUCUUCAAAAAGACGAUGUGCUUCUCGACAUUGGAUGUGGCGAUGGCAUAUUGAAUGUCGAAUUCGCCAAGAUCCUGGCUCAAGGUAGUGGUUCGAUGCACGGCGUUGAUAGCUCGCCUAGCAUGAUCGAGGCUGCUCGAGAGCUCUGCAAGGAUGCCAAGAAUUCUACCUUUGAGACUAUCGAUGCCACCCAGCUCGUCUCUAAACCAGAGCUUCAACAAGGGACCUUCACCAAAGCCUUCUCCAACGCAGCCAUGCACUGGAUCCUGCGGCCAGAGGACACCAGAGCUCAGUUCUUCAAGGGCGUGUAUGCCGCUCUCGCACCAGGUGGCACCUUUGUAUUCGAGAUGGGCGGUCUUGGAAACGUCUCUGAGAUGCGGACAGCGGCCCUUGGCGCCGUGGCUCGCCGCGUCGGAAUGAAAGCUGCGCUGGCCGCCGACCCUUGGUUCUUCCCAGACGAAGCCUGGGCGACAAAGUUCUUGGAGGAGGCAGGCUUUGUGGUUGAGCGGGCCGAGCGUGAGUGGCGGCCUACACCCGCUGAUAAGGGUGGUGUAGAGGGUUGGAUACGUCUGAUGGCAAGCAAACUGCUAGAUGCUGUUCCAGGGGAAGUGGAGAGAGAAGCAGCGAUACAGGAGUGCAUAGAGGUACUGCGGGAAGUUUGCCGGAACCCCGGAGGAGGAGAGAUGAUUUCCUAUGUUAGACUGAGGGCUAUGGCUAGGAAGCCAGAAUGA